CACUCCCUUUCCACCUGCCUCGCUACACGCAUCCAGUUCAGAUCUCAUUUGGAGAUCUUCACAGGCUAGCUCCAAGACCUUGCUGCUGUCAAUAGCGAGACGACGGAGUAGCUGUCCUAGUGCUCAAAUCUCCGAAACGCCCAGCGCACCUCGCUACGCGUGCAUUCCUCAUCCUCUUGCACCUUUCAACCCGCCGCCCUCAACGGGAAAACGAUCAAAAUUCCUACCGCAACUCAAUACCCCUCCUCCAUCAUGAGUUCCAGAGCCUCUAGGGGCCGGAAACAGGCCAAAAAGGGAGUUCAACUCACUCUGAUGGUCGUUGGUGGAUCAGGUACUGGCCGAACGACUUUUGUCAACACGCUGGUCGAGCAACCUCUUUUGACCCAUCGAACUCAAGCUUUGUUCCAGGAUCAAACGAACCCUCAUUCCCCUCUGGACAUUGAGCUGGUGCAGCAGGCGGCGGCUCACGCCCACGAAGAGCAAUCCACACGGAUCAAACCCGUCAACGUGGAGCUUGAAGAGGAUGGUGUGAGAAUCGCUCUGACUAUUGUCGAUACCCCUGGAUUCGGAGACAGCAUUGACAACGAUGAUUGCUUCCAAGAGAUCUCUGCAUACCUCGAGAGGCAGUACGACGAUGUUCUGGCCGAGGAAUCUAGGAUCAAGCGAAACCCUAGGUUCAGAGAUAAUCGCAUUCAUGCGUUGCUCUACUUUAUCCCUCCAACAGGGCACGCGCUGAGAGAGAUGGAUAUCGAGUUGAUGCGACGAUUGGCACCUACCGUCAAUGUCAUCCCGGUCAUUGGCAAGGCAGACUCGUUGACCCCAUCUGAACUGCGCGCGUUCAAGAAGAGGAUCAUGGAGGACAUUGAGUACUACGGCAUCCCGGUCUACAACUUCCCUUACGAUGUUGAAGAGGACGACGAGGAGACAAUUCAGGACAAUUCCGAACUCCGAGCGCUUUUGCCAUUCGCCCUCGUAGGAUCAGAGGAAGAUAUCAUGAUCAAUGGAACGCCAGUUCGGGGCAGGAGGUAUCCAUGGGGAGUGGUAGAGGUCGAUAAUCCUCAGCACUCCGACUUCGCCCGGCUGAGGAGUGCUCUGUUGAUGUCACAUCUGACCGAUCUAAAAGAGAUCACGCACGACUUCUUGUACGAGAAUUGGCGUACUGAGAGAUUGUCCAAGCAGGUCGGAGGCGGUGACCCCGACUCGUCCAUUCUCCCGGAGGAUAUGGCAAAUCAAUCUGUUCGUCUCAAGGAAGAGCAACUUCGCCGAGAAGAGGACAAGCUUCGGGAGAUCGAGUUCAAGGUGCAGAGGGAAAUUCAGAUCAAGAGACAGGAACUGCUGGCCAAGGAAGACAGUCUCAAGGUACUGGAGGCGAGAUUGGCUGCGCAGAACGGCUCUUCAUGAGCUGGGGGUAUGCCAGACUCUGCCAUACUGGCUGGCCCAUCUUCUCUAGUCCUCUCACCUUGCCUUUUGCUGAUGUCCACACGCCAUUUCCAAGUUGUGUAGACUGACGACCCCUUACAUGUCAUAUAUAUGCCCAGUAUAUACCUCACGAGCGUCUCACUUGGAGCGGAUAUGAAUUGCGUC